GGAGCUUCCGGCCGUCACCGGAAGUCGCGCUCCAAAGCCGCUUCCGGGACCUCGGAGGCCCCCGGCCCUUAGCCCUGCGCGCAGGGCCCCGCCGCUGGAGCGUGAGUGGAAUCGCUGACUCUGCUGUGCUCAUCCAAAUGGCAAAAUGGGAAGACCUAUGGGUCCCAAGUUUCCAGGACUUCACGGAAAGGAAACUCUCAAAAGACACCCACACAGCAGAUGAUGAGAUUGCAAGUGAGAGUGAAGAGGAUGACAGUCCUCAGCCGGAAGGGCCUGAGAAAGUGGAGCCUCAUGGGACUUUAUCAAGAAGAUCCAAAUCGAACGUUUCCCAGAGUCAGCAGAGCUCAGAAAAGCAGCCGCAAAAGCCUGAAGGGAAGAGACUGGAUAAGUCUGCUCCCCAAGAGAGAGCUUUGGGAAAGCAGCAGAGAAUCCACAAAGGGGAGGUGCCAAAUGCAUGUCUGGAGUGUGGGAAGGUCUUUGGCCGGAAAUCACAUCUCAUUAGACACCAGAGAACUCACCGGCGAGAGAAGCCGACCAUUUGUAAUGAGUGCGGGAAGAGCUUCAGUCGCAGCUCAACCCUCAUUGAGCACCAGAGAACCCACACGGGCGAAAAGCCCUACAAAUGCACUGAGUGUGGGAAGAGCUUCAGCCAGAGCUCCCACCUCAUCACGCACCAGAGGAUCCACACAGGCGAAAAGCCCUACCAGUGCACCAUAUGCGGGAAGCGCUUCCACCAGAACUCGCAUCUCCUGACCCACCAGAGAACCCACACGGGUGAGAAGCCCUACCAGUGUACCCAGUGCUGGGAGCGCUUCAGCCGCAGUUACACCCUAACCAGACAUCAGCGGAGCCACACCGGGGAGCGACCCUAUCAAUGCCCUGACUGUGGCAAAUGCUUCAGCCUCAACUCCACCCUCCUCAGCCACCAGAGAACACACACGGGCGAGAAGCCCUACAAAUGCUCUAAGUGCGGUAAGAGCUUCACGCGGAGCUCCACACUCGUCCAGCACCAGAGAACGCACAUAGGGGACAAGAUCUAUACAUGCCCCUGCUGCAACAAGGUGGCCUGCUCUAGCCUGUUCUUCUGAGUCUGGCUGUGGGACCUGCUCCAGCUUGUCCUUCUGAGCCUGGGUGCCAGGCUCGUUCCAGCUUGUCCUUCUGAGCCUGGGUGCCAGGCUCGUUCCAGCUUGUCCUUCUGAGCCUGGGUGCCAGGCUCGUUCCAGCCUGCCAUAGAAUUCCUCUUUUCCUGUUUGUGGAUGUAUCCUAAAGAGCAGGGACUGCCAAGGCACUUUGAGAUGCUUUUCCUGUAGGAACCACAGCGAGCACAGCUCCUCAACAGGGGAAAGCUCACACUUAGUUCACCUUUUGUUUUAGUUCAGCGACUUUCCCUCUUGUGCAUGUGCAUGCUGGGGGAAUGUAAUACUUUCCUUACAUCUCCCUCCUGAUUUCAUAAUACUGUGCACUUCAAUGCAUUUAAGGAUCUCGGUGCUUCACACACACUAAUGAAGUAGGCCUCCCACAGGUUUGAGAGAUAGGGACAUUUUAAAAAUAAAGAAAGGGAGGUGAAGUGAUAUCAGUGAGUCACCAGCAGAGCUGUGUCACUCCCCAGCCAGAAUUCCUCACUUAUCCCAUAUUGCUGUCGUGUUCCCCAGACCUGGUUCUCUGUGUGAGAAAGGAGAAAAGCGAGGGGAAAGUCCCUUUUCGUGGGGUCUGCAAGCUCUGCCAAAAUACAUUCCUGGGGCUCUUUUGCUAAUGAACCUCCCAGCCUUGAGGUUCUGUGGGUGUGAUGAAUGUCAGUCCGUAUGACCUUCACACAGGGCAAGAGUUUCUCUUCCUUGGUGAAAGAGCACUCUUAUUUUGCCUUAGUGGACUAAGGCCAGUGACUGGGGUGUGGAGGCCUCUAAGAAAAGCAGACUAGACCAAAGCAGAACAGCCUUCCAGAGUUAACACACCUGGAGUUUGUUCCCUGUUUUGUUGGUAGUGGGGAGGAAACUUUUUCCUUUUUGUACGUUGUACCCCUUCAUAUUGUUGAUAAAGAAACCUGAUAAUUAAGCUCAGGAGAGAUGCAGCAGUAUUCAGUUGUAUGAGCAUCUCUCUGUCUUGUUUGAUCUAACGUGUUUCUGAUAGGAAUUGUUCAUUGUUUCUUUAAAGCCCAAAUGAAUUGUAUGGACCUGCAAUAUCAUAGAAAAGGCCUGGAAAAGUACCUGCUUCACUUCAGUUUGCAGCCUGCUGGAAUGAACUUCAGACCAAAGCUCCGAUUCCAUUUACAACAAAGUCCUUGUGGAGCAAGUAAAUCCAACUCUUUCCUCUGAGGUCAGCUGAUCUGCAACUUCUUGAGUAUUGUCUUUGCUGCAGAGUUCGCUCUUACCGGGUGUUGCCCCUAAUCUCACCUCCCACACAACUCUCUCACACAAGUUAAUUGUGCCUUCUGUCCCAGCUAGCUGGCCUGGCUACAGCUGCAGGUUGGAGCCUGGAUACCACUUUCACUUGGGCUGGUAACCUGCCCAUUUGCAAUGAAGAUGCGGGCUAAAUCACUCGAGUGCUGAUAGUGGAAUUAUGGGAAGGCAUUGGAAGACUGUGUGCCCUGAAGGACUGACAAGUUCUCCCACAAUUCACUAGGAAAAAAUCCGAGUGGCUGAUCUUACUGCAGCACAAAAAACCGUGGUAUAUAGCUCUAGAAGUCCUAGCAACACAUGUGGGGGAAUGAAGCACCAGUGACGACAUUGUAAUGUGGGUGUGGAUUUAUAGGGUGGUCACUCACGCCCGGCUCUUAAUGACCCAAGCUAACUCUGCAGUGAAGACGUACUCUAAGGAUUUUUUUGAGCUGUAUGUUAAACCAGUGGUUCUCAAUCUUUCCAGACUACUGUACCCCUGAAGCGGAGACCCGCCACAUGGGGCUGAAGCCCGAGCCCUGCUGCCCAGGGCUGAAGCGUGCAACUUAGCUUCACAUGGCCCCAGGCAACUGCCCUACUUGCCAUCCCCUAAUGCCAGCUCUGUACUUGCAACCCCCUUAAACCCAUCCCACAACCCCCCUGGGGGUUGCAGCCUACAAGUUGAGAAACACUGAUCUAGAGGAGUUGACAUACCCCCUGGAAGACCUCUGCGUACCCCCAGAGAUACACGUCUGGUUAAAAACCACUGUGUUAAACCAUCUACAUUUGAAAAUGCUCAGUCACCAGCAGGGAGACAGUUCUGAAUGCAAAAAAAGCUUUAGUCUUGACUCAACACUUCACUGCCACCAGGGAACCAUAAAUGAGCUGCAAACCGUCUCCCUCUUCCUGGCAAGAACUCCAGCAGUUUUCUGCACUCCCUGUAAGAUGUUUAGCUACCAGCUUAGGACUGGCUUAAAAUUAUACUUUAUCAUCUACAAAAACAUCAGCUUUGAGUGAGCUGCUAGAAAAUGAAAAUUAGGUGGUCCUGCAGUUAUCAGAAAAGCCUGGAUGGAAUUGAAAGAGAUGCUUGUACAGAAGCCAGUAUUAAAGUUCUAUACAAGUUGAAGCCUAUACAAAUCUUAACAGGUGCCUCACAAUUUGAUUUUGCAAUAGUGGGAAGAAAGCUGACAGCUUACAGUUUAUGCUUUCAGGUCACAGAAAUGCAGAAACUAGAUGCACAAAUACAAACAGAGCUGUUAGGGAUAUUGCUUAAGUGCUAGGAGAAAUUUUGCCAGAAAGCAGAGGCUGAAACAGACCCAGGUCUCUAUACCUUAUUACCUGUUCUAUAAGAAUGCAAAAUAUGAUGAUAAAGCUACAGAUGUGAAAUAAAGCUGUGUGAUAGCAAUGAAGUGUUGCCAGCUGAUGCCCUAUCCAUACUUGCUGCGUUAGAGAAAGAAGCUGAGGAAGAGAGAGAUGGAGAUAUAAGCUUGGUAAUCCAUUUUCACAGCAAGUGAUAGGCCACAAACAGGGAAAACAAUUAUGAAAGGGUGGCCAAAGGUAAUGUACAGCAGUCAGCAAGAAACUAUGGAGAUUACAGAUAUAAAUGUACAGCAAUAAAUGUACAGCAAUGAAUGGCAUGAUUGUUCAUAGACAUAAAACUAUUAUAUUCGAAUGACUUUACCAGUGAAUGCUACAGGGAGGCUAUUUGGGAAUCAUAUGUAAAAGAAAUAAACACAGAGGCUUCUCAAAUGUGAGCAAGCUAUUUGUUCUACUUGAUGUACAAGCUACAGACCCAUGAUUCCCUGUCUGAUACUACAGAGGCUAUCAAAUGGUCAGAGAGAGGCCAAAUCAAAACGCUGCAUUGGAAUACCCUGAAGUUUUGCGGAGGUUCGAAUGUGGAUCUGAACUGCUUGACUCAGGCCCAGCUAUGCCAAUGGACAUCAUGGAUUCUCAUGUGGCAAAGAACAAGUGAAGUUCAUUACUGAUUAUUGCUCUUUGCACCCUGAAAUGUGACAUUUGAAAGUAUCUUUGUAAGACAGGGAAUUCCAGAUUAAAACCCCAUAUUUUUAAAGGUAUUUAGGCAGUGUUCCAUUCAGCAGUGCUAGGCCUAAGGCCCAGAUUUUUAAGGGUAGUUAGGGUGUCUAACUUCCACUGGGAAUUAAGCACCUAACUAUCUUUAAAAAUCUGGGCUUAAGUGACUUAGAUGGCUAAAUCCCAUUUUGAAAAGUGAUCUAGCAGCCUAAAUAAUUGAAAGUAAUUGAUUUCAAUAGGAGUUAGGAUCUGGGUCUUAAGUGUUUGUCACUUUUGAGAGUGUGAAUUAGCCAUCUAAGUCACUUGGGGUAGAUUCACAAAGGGGACUUAGGUGUUUCAACAUCUAAUUCCCCAGUGCCCUUCCACCCAGUGGAAUUCACAGCCCUAAAUUAUGCAUCCAGGCUCACCAAGCAUUGUAUGGGGAGAGUUAGGUGCCUGAUAAAGGGAUUCUCAGAAGCCAGCAAGCUGAGUAGGGAGCCACCAUAGCCAGCCAGGAGUGAAAUUCACAGGAAAGGGCAGGGGUUAGGACCCAGCUCCACAAAGGUACUCCCAUUGAUCUGGGCCUUAAGGAUCUGACCGACAGGCGGGAGAGAUUCUCAGCUGUGGGGAGCUCCGGUUGAUGCUCCACCUGCCCUGGGUGCGGCUCUUACCAUCAGAGCUCUGCGCAGAUACAAAAUUAGUGUCCACAGCCACACUGCUAUCCGCAGAAACAGUCCAUGGAUAUAAAGCGACUACCCGCAAAUUUGCAGGGCUCUAGUUCUGGCACUUGCUUGGGAGGUGGGAGACCUGUUUUCAAACCCUUGCCUGAUUUGGAGCAGGGAUUUGAAUCAAGGUCUUCCAUCUCCCAAGUGAGUGCACAGGCUGUUGGGUAUUCUGGGGUGGCUCUUUCUGGCUCUGCUGUUGAACCUGUUCCAUUUGGUAUUAAAUAAAUAUUCCUGGGGCCAGAGGACACAAGAGAGAGGCUGAAGAGCCUGAUGGUUAGCACACUUGCCUAGGAUGUAGAAGCAGCAGGUUCAAGUUCCUGCUCUAGUAAAUAUACAAACUGGAAUCACUCCAACAGAAAAGGGCUCCAACCCAGAAUAGCUUGGUGUUUAGGGCAUUUUCCAGUAAGAUGGGAAACCUGGGUUUAAGUCCUUGCUCCAAAUCAGGCAGAGCAAGCAUUUAAAACUGGUAGAAAUUAGGUGCUUAGCGGGGACUUAGGCUUAGGUAGCAACUGAGUGGUGAUUUUUUGAAUGUCUGAGAAGCCUAAAAUGUUGGAUUUAUGAGCCUAUAUCCCUUUGUGAAUAUAGUUCCACACUUUGCAACAGUGGGCGGAGCAAUAGCAAAAUACCUUUAAGAAUAUGGGCCAAGGUGUUCAGUGCUGUUAGACCAGAAUGUUCCCCUCACAGAAAUUAAGCAGCUUUCAGUUGGUGUAGAUUUUAAGCAUAUGAUUUCAACUUCUAACCAUUUUAGAUCAAAUGGGCUAAACAAGAGCUUAGUACAGAUGGUGAAGAAGUGGAUGAAGAAGCUACCAAUCCUUUAGAUCAGCUCCAUCUAUGCAUUAGUAGACAAGGGAGAGUCACCAACUCAAUUGUUGAGAAGAGGAAUGAAAAUUAACCUUCCCAGCAAGAAAAAAGCUAAACAAGACUCAGAAUGAAGAGAGAAUAAGAUUAAUGAGAACCAGAAAAUUAAACAAAGUUACGUUGAUUUUUCAGAAGAACACACUCUUCCAUCAUUUUAGCUUUGGAAACAUAGUGCAUCCUUGUGCCUGCACCACAAACAGGUGAUUAGAAGAGCACAGAGAGCUCCAAAAUCCUCCCAAGUGUAUAAUGUGUUGGCUGCCCUUUGAUUUAAUAAACACGCCCUGAGCUCACAGAUACAAAGUCUCCUGCAGAUGACCCCUUAGAACUUGUCCUUGUGGGAUAGAACGGAGAAAAAUGGAGAGGUUAAUUAAUCUGAAGAAGAUAAUACAUUAAGAAGCUCUUAAACCACUACUAAUUAAAAAUGUCACAAGUCUUUACAGAAAUAAUUGUAUAAGGAGGUAAACACUUGCUGGAGAGUGAAGUGCAAGUUGCUGCUUCUGCUUGGAGAAGCAGAACAUAAAAAAUAGCUGAUUUCUGUGUAUGUGAUGUUGAAAUGUGUAUUGUUUACAUUGAGAGACAGGAACGCAUUGUUUAAAAGAAGGACGAGAUAGUGAUAUAAAUACUAGACUUAUUAGGUGACUUUUAGAAUGUUAACAGGCAUAUGAGAAUUUGGAGAUGGUCCUGAAGAAUUAUUGAUCAGGGCAAAAUUCUGCCCUGGAUUCGACACCAUCCAAUCCCCCUGAAGGCAGUGGGGGUUGUUAGGGCAGGACGUACAAUGUUGUUUUGAAGAAAACAAUUGACUUGAUGGUGCAGCUAUGAAAUCUAGCUGAACAAUAAACUAGUUAUUCUUCUCA